AAGGGGGCCAGCUCUCCCUGCCCUCCGCACCCGGAGGCUGGGCCAGGCGGGGCGAGGCGAAGGCCAGGCACUGAGGCAAGACAAGAGCCGCCCAAGCACCCAAGUGCCGCUGCCGUCCUGCUCUCGCUUCCCGCCCGUGGCACAGCAAGCCCUCAGCCAAGCUGAGAAGCUCCUUCCGCAGAAAGAAGGCUGUGAAAAGGGAGACAUGGCAGCGCCUAUGCUUCACCGAGCCUGGGAAAUCGUCCUCUGAAGCCUACAUUUUUGCUCGUUACUUCAGUUUAGAAGGAGGCUGGGACAACACGAGCUGCAACAGAAUGAGGCAGAAAGUCCUUCAUCAGAUGGAGGCGGGGGAAGAAGGGAGCUAAAAGCAAGCCUGGGGACAGCCACCUCUGCUGCAAAUACGAGGUUUUAUGUUGAAAAGCUGGCUGAUUACAGUAGCUGUGGGAAGCGAAGAGCGAUGUCCUGGGGGUUACUGCAGGAGAUGCGCCCCGCCACUGUCACACCGCUUCGCUGAAGUUCUGAGGAGAAACCGAAGCUCAUCAGAGCACCCAGGACACACAUCUACAAUCUCUCGCUUGAAGUUUGAAAAGUUGAAAUAAAAAUACCAGAGAAGGCUUUGAACCACAGGAAGCCAGGCUUGUAUUUUAAAUAUACCAUUAUAAUGGUAAGCUCUAAUUGUUCCACUGAGGACUCCUUUAAAUAUACUUUAUACGGAUGUAUCUUUAGCAUGGUAUUUGUUCUUGGCCUCAUAGCAAACUGUGUUGCUAUCUACAUUUUCACUUUUAACGUAAAAGUACGAAAUGAGACUACCACAUACAUGCUUAAUUUAGCAAUAUCUGAUCUGCUUUUUGUAUUUACAUUGCCCUUCAGGAUUUAUUACUUUACAGAAAGAAACUGGCCCUUUGGAGACAUUCUUUGCAAGAUUUCUGUCACACUGUUUUAUACAAACAUGUAUGGGAGCAUUUUGUUUUUGACCUGCAUAAGCGUAGAUCGCUUUCUAGCUAUAGUUUACCCAUUUCAAUCGAAGACCCUUCGAACCAAAAGAAAUGCAAAAAUUGUCUGUGCUGCAGUAUGGAUAACAGUGUUAGCAGGGAGCACACCAGCAAGCUUCUUUCAGUCUACAAACCUCCGGAAUAACACCGAACAGAGAACAUGCUUUGAAAACUUUCCAGAGGCUACCUGGAAAACUUACCUAUCCAGAAUUGUUAUCUUCAUUGAAAUAGUGGGAUUUUUCAUUCCACUCAUCGUGAACGUGACCUGUUCUACUAUGGUCCUACGAACACUGAACAAACCCCUUACGUUAAGUCGGAAUAAAUUAAGCAAGAAAAAGGUACUCAAAAUGAUUUUUGUCCACCUGGUGAUAUUCUGCUCCUGUUUUGUGCCUUAUAACAUUACCUUAAUACUUUACUCUCUCAUGAGAACGCAGACGUGGAUUAAUUGUUCGGUGGUAACCGCAGUCAGGACUAUGUACCCUGUCACCCUGUGCAUCGCCGUCUCAAACUGUUGUUUUGACCCAAUAGUGUAUUAUUUCACUUCGGACAAUUCAAAAUUCGAUAAAAAGUAACAGGCUCACUAGAACACGUGAUACCAGGUUCUCCGAGAUGCCAGUUUCAGAAAACUUUAUUCAACACAGCCUUCAGACCAUAAAAAUGAAAAUAUUUGACAGUGACUCUCCAAAAUAAACUGCAUUAGAAACUGCUGGGACUA